AAGCAGAAAGACGCGAAAGUGUGUGCGUCCCUUUGUUCUCGAACCGGUUGGUGGUGUGGUGUUCUCAUUCAUAUCGCUGAGUGAAAGUCACAGCUUGCAUUUUUACCAAAUUGCCCUCUGCGAAACAUUUGUGACGUUGCAAUUAACUUUCUCCAGAAAAAUACACACAUCUAAAUUUCACCGAGGGAAAAAAAGCAAAAACAUUUCUGGUUUUGCUGCUGGCUGCCACUCUUGAGGAUUUCUGUCUAAAUGUAAAUUUGCACAAGAAGCUGUUGAGUGUGUGUGGAGCAGGAUAAAGUAAAUCCAGCUCUUUAGACUAGUAGGCGGAAGAAGAAAUUCUCAAUCUCUGCCGUCGCAACUCCAUUUGAAAUCUUUACGUCAAAUCCCAACGGGUAGUAAAAGAGGAGACGCAAGUCCGCAUAGACCGUGGUAAGCCGGACAUAAUACAUAGUGAAAGAAAGAAUGUAAAUUUUCCAGCUUAACUGGAACACUGUGUAGACACGCAUGCAUAUACUUUCCAACAACUAAUAUAACAUUUGUGAAUGACUGCAUGGGCUCCAUUUUAUUGAGAAGGAUGUCAAGAACAAGUGAACUUUGUUCAUCAUAAGAGGAGAUAAAGUGAGAAAAGUCGUAAACUUGACACACCAGCUUUGUCGAGAUUCUUUCAGGAUUUUGACGAAAUGCCAAGCGGCUCAUCAUAAUUUCUUUCUUUGAGUGAAACCAACCAACCAACCAACCUUUACAAUAAUUUGGUACAAUUUCAUCAAUAAAACUGGGGACAUAUUUUUAGCUAGAAAAUUGGGAUUGCGACAAGUUGUGUGAAACAAUCGUGGGAGUAAACUGUUCGUCCAUCCCUGUCAAAUAUAUUGCAUUAGCGUAGGGAAAAAGUUGCGUAAACUGAUCUCCAAAAGAAGAAGUUGGUGGAAUCAAAGAAGAAGAAGGAGAAACCGAUUUCGGGGACUUGAACAUUUGCUUACUUUCUUUAUUUCCUGAUUCUCUCUUCUUCCUACCAAAUCUCACCAGUGAGCAGUCAGUGGUGAGAGAAAGCAUUGAUCGAAUGAAUGUUGUUGACUCUCAUUCCUCGCUAUCUCUCUGUCUCCACUUAAUUUCACAUGACAAGAGAGCCAGCAAAGAAGUGUUGUUAUCAAACAGAAAAGUUGGAACUUCUUUUUCAACGAGGUGAAACUUAAUAAGGUGAACGUGUCUUUAAGUGAAUUGUGAGAAUUAUACGAGUACGCGGAGAAGAAGCAGAUGUACAAAAUGUGCUGUGGUUUUUUUGAGAAAGCGGAAUGCCUACGAGUAACCAAAAUGAGCCCAGAUUUUGCUGACGAGAAGAAAAUUCCAAAGGAAAACUUUCACUCAACAAAUGACAACUAAAUGACAUUAUUAGCAGGAAUUGGAGGACUACUGCUUCUACCACUCGGGGAAAGUUACCAGGUCCCGGGCAUUGGGAGUCGUGGCAGUAGUGAUGAGACUACCAUUCUUGAAGGCGAUGCUUAUUAAUAGCCAAUCAUCCAAUUGUUUGACGUUAUCUGGCCGCACAAACUUUUAUCCGCGCAGAAAGGACGCCAACUUAUUGAAAGGAUUCAUCGCGUUGGCCGUUUUCCUCACAAUUUUCGCAUUGUUGGGAGAAGCCUGUCAGAUCAGUGAGUAUUAUUGCGAUAACCGAAAGUGCGUUCCCCUCGACAAGUUCUGCGAUGGAGUCGACAACUGUGGUGAUGGUUCCGAUGAACCGAGGCAUUGUAGUCCUUGCAAUCGCACUUUCUACGGCGUGGUUGGUGGGACCUACACAAUCGCGGUGCAUCGACCAAGCGCCAGAGAUUCCCAAUUACCGUUCGUUUGCCAAUUAACGUUUGCCGCAGGCGGUAGCAAGUUUGGUGAUUUAGUUCAGUUGAUCUUCAACAGCGUGACUCUCGGACCAUCCGAGGACGACGAUGAUGAGGGGCGCCAUGCUUCAGAAAAAUCUCCAACUUGCCGCCAAGGCCACAUCACCCUUAAUGAACCCGACCGUCCCGCAACUGCGGGUCAUUGGUGUGGUCAUGACUGGGGUCAAGCCGUCUUUUUCAGUGAAACUUCUAGAGUUACUUUGGCGCUUUCGAUGUUCUCGAGCCUAUCUUCGUCAUCUUCCUCGUCCUCAACCAACUUCGCCUUUGACUUUCGUCUAACUUAUAAAUUUUUGAGGAAGGAGGAUUCAUUCGUUCGUUAUGGUCCACAGUCUCGGCCCUACUUUCGGGGACAAUUACUUCCGGGAACUUUCUGUUCAUUGAUUUACAACUCGUGCGACAAAGUGCCGUGUGCUCUGCAAACUCCCAACUUUCCUGGUAUUUACCCAAGAAAUGUGACCUGCUACUAUGCCAUUCGCCAGUUAAACGCUCCAGUGGGACACAGAGCCGUGAUUCGAUUAGGACAGGAGAAAGAUCACAUGGUUUUCGUCAGGAAUCGUGCCGUGAGUAAGAAGAAUGCUUUCGUGCCUGGGGACUCUGGUGGCAAUUCCGGCCUGUCGGGCGACUCGAGUGGGGGAAAGGGGGUCGGGUCUGCGGGCGGAGGCAGUGGCGUCGAUGAGUUAACGAUAGGGGAAAAUUGCGACACGGGGUCGGACCAUGUCACCAUUUAUGACGGAUAUACGAUUAGGGAUCCGGUCCUUCUUCGAUUUUGUGGAGGAGGAAAAUUCCCUACCCUUAUUGGAAGUGGGAACGAGUUGCUGAUGGAGUUUUACUCAGCUCCGACUGACUACUUGCUUCAGAGUGCGGUGAACACUGCGAUCCAGGGCUUCCAUGUAGAUGUUGAAAUUGUUUACCUCCCGCUCGGUUCUCACACUUAUGUGGAAAACCACAACUGCUUAUUCACAGUGUCCAGCUUUCAACAAAAACGGGGCUUCCUCACUUCCCCGCAACAUUCACUUCCUUCCAAAACCACAUGCACUUAUCUGCUGGAAGGCUCUCCUGGAGAAAUCGUGUGGAUCUCUCUUCUCAAGUUUUACAUUGGGAAGGAAUACGGGAAAAGUGGGGACGAAGGGGGUGGUGGGAGCGGGGGCUAUAACGUGGCCGGGCUGACGGGAUCGUAUAAUUUGGGAGCGUCGUCUUCGUCUUUGUCAUCGUCAUCUGGCGGAUCGGGAUUAUCGGCUCCAUCAAAUUAUAUGACUGCAAUGAGUCAAGUUUCCACCAUGAGCAGUCUCGAGUGCAACACGACCUAUUUCCAGAUUUGGCAGGGGACCUACAGCGACAAAUUCAACAACGCCACCCUCCUCGCCCACCUCUGUGAGGACACCCCUAUCCAACGCACCUGCGAGUUUAUGCUGACCUCGACCACAUCGUCGAAACCCCCACCGAGGGCAUGCCACCCGGAGGAGUCUUUUAUCUCAAAGGGUCCCAACAUGUCCCUUAAACUAAAAGUGGAGACCACCACCGUCCUCCGCCCAGUCGAGUUUAAACUCUAUUACGAGUUUGUCGACACUAAGCAGGACGGGGAAGCCUUUUCACAUCCGGGGCUGACUGGACAUCCACAAAAUUCACCAAAUUUGCCAAAAUUCUUAAGAACUGAGCAGCAGCAGCAACAGCAGCAGCAAGGAAACUUGGAUGGGAUUCCUAUUGAUGGCGGAGUAACAAACUCGAUGAAGUUCUCGGUAGGAAGUUGCAGCCGUAUUUUCAAGAGCACGAAUAAUGCCAUGCAAGCUGCCACAUUUACAUCGCCGAGAAAUGUAUUUUACUUCGGGAGAGGAGGAGUCACCAACUUGACUUGUGUUUAUCGCUUCCAAGGAGUAAAAGGCCAACGAGUUCGCAUCACUUUCAACAAGAUUUCUUUGGCUGGAGGAUUUUGCAAAUCGGAGGUAACCUCGCUGACGGGGAGGUCCAUGUGUCGAGACAUUACGCAGAAUGAUACACAAUCCACCAAGCGCGUCACGGAGGGAAGGGUUCAGGUUUGGGAAGUGCCGUGGGGUGGGAAUGGGAGCCGAAUUUUGAAAGAGUGUCUAUGUGACUCGGAGGCUGGGCCGUUCUCAUUCCUCUCCGUCUCAUCCACGAUGGACAUUGUGCUGAAUGUGAAGAAUAUGCAGCCCUUUCAUGACCAGGAUCACUUCACGUUUGAAGGGAGCUACGAAUUCAUAUCCAACCAUCCAGCCUGCUCGCGUGGGCAGAAACUAAAAAGCCCGAGUGGAACCAUAACCCUGGCCCAGCCGGAGAGGGUCCCUUACCAAAGUUGUUCCCAUUACCCGUGGGAAAUCCAACCAGCAUCGCCGUCCCACUACAUCUACCUCAGGGUCCCGGGCCAUACAAUGAAAAAGUUUGUGGUUCCUUCCUCCCCACAUCCGCAACCACAUUCCAAAUCAUCUUCUACUUUCUCCUCCUCAUCAUCAUCUUCACCCGGCCAAGAGCGGGCUACGCAUUGCGACACGAGGAACAGGAUCCUCGUCUACAGCGGUGGCUUCUCUGGCCACCUUCUCCAAAUUAUAUGUCCUGACGAUUCCUCCUUUGGGAGUAGAAACCAGGUGGAAAUCUUCUCCUUGGGAUGGGACACUCCGUCUCAGUUUCCCAACUUUGUGGAAAACCCACACCUCUCCAUGACCAGCCUGCCUUCUAAUAAUCAACUCAUCGUGGAGCUAGUUUCUCGCGGUCCAAGCUCCAAUGCGAGAUAUGAGCUGAAAUAUAUUCAAAUUUCGAGAAGGGACGAACCCCUCGAGUGGGGGGUUCAUGCCGCGUCAUCCUCCUCCUCGUCCUCCACCACCGGGGUUUUGAGUGGUUCCAGUGUGAUUACGACGAGUGGUGGCAAUAUCGUUGGGAUUGAUGGCGGACAUAAGAUUGUGACCCCGGGUGAUGUCGGUGGUGGUGGGACAGGUUCAUCUGGAGGAAUUACGUCCUCCUCGUCCAUCGGCUCUUCCCGUGACGAGUUGGAGGAAGACGUCUGUUUCAAGUUUAAAUGUCCCGAGCUGAACGCGUGCAUUAGUCCGACGCUGUUCUGCGAUGGGAUCUCGCACUGCCCUUCAAAUUAUGAUGAGGAAAACUGUGAGUACUUCCCCAUCCCCAAGACUUAUCUGGUCCUCGCGGCCGCCAGUUUGAUCACGUUUCUCGUUCUGAGUUGCUGUUUUGGCUGUUUGCUUUGUAAGAAGAGGAGGGCGGAGAGGAGGGAGAAGCUUUUGAUGAGUAGUAGGACUCCGACGGAGGAAAUGUUCUUCGGGGGAACGGGGGGGACGGGGACGAUGAGCAUGGGGAGCAGUGGUGCUGGUGGGGCGGAUUUUGGUGCCAGUCAUCACCACCAUUUGCAUCACCACCAUCGUCGCGAAAUGACGCGGCGAGAAAUCGAAUGCUGACAAUCGCCAUCUCGAGUGGAACAGUAUGUUGAAAUCGACCGGGUUACUACCGUUUAAGAAAUCUUACGUAAAAAAAACAAGUGGAACUGAGUGGAGAAAGUAAUUUAAAUAGGUUUCUUUGCUUUCUCCAGUCAGUUCAACUUGAAAAUGGAUAAUAAAUGGUCAAAGUGAGACAAUAAUCUUAAAAAAGUCAUCAAAAACGAGCGUACUAUUAAGAUAUCAGAAGAAAUAGCUAAUGCAUACAUACAUAAAGGUAAUUGAGCACAUGUGUGAUAGAAAAAAUUCGUUGCACUCGUCUAAAACUUUUAAGUCGAACGAGCCAUCCGCAUUUUAUUCUUGGUAUCAUUUCCUGAAAUGGUUUCUCACCUGCAUAUUUACUUAUUAGCUACUACACCUAUUAAUUACUACAUGUAUUCCAUUCAGUGUUGGUUAAUUUCAGGACUGCAAGUCGCACAAUGGGGAAAUCGUCCUUUUAAAAAGAUAUAAAAUUUAAACAUUCAUGAUGACUACCUGCACAAAACUAUGAUAAAUUAAAUAUGUACAUACGUGUUAGUAGUAGAGAAUUAUAAGAGUGAUAUUUUACCAAAUUUCGUAAGUCUAACACAGAAAAAUCUAAAUUUCCCUUGGUCUAGUCUCGCUACAUGUGUAGAUACACACUUAUUUGUACAGUUUACCUGUCCUAAUACA